AUGGGUUCGAAGAAGGCCAAAGUUGCGGCUGCUGUAACUCCCGAGGAGGAUUAUGGCGAUAGAUGGUCGUGGAACGAUGAUGUUUUGACGGAGAUAUUUGUCCUGUUACCCGAUGCAAGUUGCAUGAAGUCAAAGAAGGCCAAAGUUCUUGCUGCUGUAACUCCUGAGGAGGAAUAUGGUGAUAGAUGGUCGAGGCUGAUCUGGAACAACGAUCUUUUAACAGAAAUAUUUGUCCGGUUACCUGCAAAAUAUGUUACCCGAUGCAAGUUGGUAUGCAAACAUUGGCUCUCACUUGUCUCCUCUGAAAAAUUCUACCAUCUCCACACCAUGCGCUGCCCAAACCUGCGCCCGUCUUUUAUCCUGGAUCGGAGGACUUCCAUCUCGCAGUUCUUAAUCAUCGAUCCAAUAAUCAAUGGUGAAAAACAGAUGACACCUUACACCUUCUCUGUUCCAGAUUCCAUGAUAAAAAAUUCUUGUAAUGGCUUGAUGCUGCUACAGUCUCGCUCUCGCUCUCGCCAUCCAGAAAAGAGUUUCCAUGUUUACAAUCCGACCACUAAGCUGUCAAGAAAGGUCAGUGUGACCGAUGCUCAUAUUGGCAACAGCCCUUAUAUUGUGGAGAUUGCCUUAGCUUUUGAUCCUUCAAAGUCGCCUCAUUACAAGGUUGUUUGCAUUAGGUCAUCCACAUCCCGUUCCACCCCUUAUCAUAAGAUGCAUACUUAUCAGAUCGAGGUUUAUGACUCAGAGAGUCACGCUUGGAAGCUUAGGUUGGGACCAUUUACGUAUCCUAAAAGGCUUUACUUGUGUGGCGGACGUGGGGGCGUGUAUUGUAAAGGCUCGAUAUAUUGGGAGAACUAUAAUGACAUCAUCGUCUACUAUGAUAUUGCUCGGAAUGAAUUCCAAAAUCUCUCUAUGCCUGAUUAUCCACCUCACGAACCAGGAAUAGUACAUUGGAGAACUACUUCCGGUCUCCAAGGUGCAAAUGGUUGUCUUUACAAAUCUAGAUGUCUCAUAAAGGACAACCGUCAAUCAGUUGAGCUUUUUGAGUUGGAGAUGGAUGAUGAUCGUUCUUCUUCGUGGCUCUUGAGGUACAAUGAAACAAUCUGUCAGCAUGAACACACUAACUUUUCUUAUGGACACAAUAACUUUCCUUAUCUACUGAGAUUCAUUAAGGGAUCGUACGGCACAGAGACGUGCAGCGUAGUGUCACAUAUGUGCGGGAAGAUCAGCGUCUAUAGUUUCCUUGACAAAAGCUAUAAAUUUCUCGUUGAUUUGAAGCGCCAACCAUUCCGCAGUAAGGCAUAUCGUCAGGCUCCUGAGUCGAAAAUGCAUGAAUUUAUUGAAUGUUUGGCUGUGGUUUAA